AUUUGAGCGUUUGUCUAAAUUUGUUGUGUAAAAAUGUUGGAUAUAAGUAAAUUAUUCUCAGUGCCGUCCGAAACUGAAGCCUAUAGGGCAAACAGUCGCCUGAAUCAUGUGUUUCAAAUGAUAUCGUUGAAGCGAGAGUGCUCGAUAAAUGAUCUUUGGGAGUUGAUAGCACAUGAGACGGUCUCGACGCGCUACGAUAAUCGCGAGGAGCUGCAGCGUGCCAUAGAUUGGCUGCUAAAGCGACUGGUGGCUUUGAAUCUUGUGGCAUUUAGUGAGCAUAUGGGAUCGCAAAUGCUGCCGGAUAGUUGGCAAGUGGUGCGCAUGCCCAAGAUGAUUAUAGCGCUGACCAAACAGGAUAAUGAUAAACCAACGAUAUUGGUGUAUGGCAAUCUGGAUGUGGAGGAGGCGCUGCCUGGCGAUGGUUGGCGCACCGAGCCGUUUGUAAUGAGCGAAAAGGGCGGCUAUAUGUAUGGCAGGGGCGUGGCAUUUGAUAAGGGACCGCUACUCUGUUGGCUAAAUGCGGUGCAAGCUUAUCGCAAAUGCGAUGUGCAAUUGCCCAUUAAUUUGGUCUUUGUGGUGGAGAGCAUGGCGCAUAGUGGCAGCUUGGGAUUGGAGACGGUGCUGCAGCAACGCAUUAGCUUCUUUCGUCGUGUCGACUGCGUCGUUAUGGCCAACAGACGCUGGCAGAGCAAUCUGACUCCGGCUGCUAUUUACGGCGGCCGUGGCUUGGUCUACUAUCAGCUCGAGGUGGAGUGCGCCAAUCGCAGCUUAAGCAGCUGCGAACACGCUGGCAGUUUAUACGAAGCUUUGCCGGAUUUGAUUUAUCUGCUUAGCAAUUUGAUGGACACGGAGCUGCAUUUGCUCUUCAAUACCAAAGCAGUGGCAAGCGUCGCAAACAUGAGCCAAACCAGAAAUGUGGAGUUUAAAUAUCGCGAGCUGGGCGCCAAUAUUGAAGCGCCUGCUCUGCCAUAUGCGACGCAGCUGCAACAGGCGCUAAUCUGCAAUUGGUUUGAGCCUCAUCUGUCCAUUCAUGGCAUUGAGGGCUGCAGCGUUGAGUCCGAUGCGCGCUUUAUAAUUCCACACAAGGUAAUUGGCAAGUUCUCCAUUUCGCUGGCGCCCAAUCAAAUUGCCGAGGAAGUCACCAAUAUAUUGCAACAUCAUUUGGGCACCGUUUGGGCGCUGCGUGAUUCGCCCAAUCACAUGCAGCUGUGCGAAAUCAUCAGCAUUCCGCCCUGGACUGCAAACCCUCAAACGCCCGAAUAUGACGCCGCUCUCAGUGCCAUGGAGCAUACGUAUAAAAUGACUCCCAAUCUAGUGCGAGAUGGCGCUGCGCUCUUGGCGCCUUCGAUCUUCCAGCGUUGUCUGCAGAAGAAUGUGCUGGUCCUGCCCAUUGCCCAGCAUGAUUAUGGUGGCACUCCUGUGGAUGAGCGUCUCAGUAUAAAGAACUAUAUUGAUGGGCAGUCAACUCAUCGCUGCUUUUCAUGUGGGAAUACGCCGAGCAGAUGCAGAAAACUGCAGCGGAUCCCAUAAAGAAGCAAGUCCGUAUCAAGCGCGAAACGCUGGAGCAUUAAUGUGGCAUAGUCAAAGUAGAAGCAGCAGCGCUACAGAAAUCUCUAGUGAUAUUGAAUUACGCUCUUCCGCUUCAAUGUCACAAGAGAUUUCUGUGGCAUUCCUCUUCAAAAUAAACAAAAUAAAAGAUUUUUGUACUAGA